ACCACUUACAGCCAAAAAUAGUAGAGUUGAAGUGCUUCACCCACUUAGUGUGAUAGGAAUGUAUAAAACUGUUUUGGGAAAACCAGGGCAGGCACACAAUUGAUACACUAUUUUAAAAGGCGAGGUAGAAGAUCUGCAAAUAAUUGGAUUGUGGAGGACAGUGAGAAUAUUUCAGAGGGCACUCCAAAUACAAUAGAUUUACUCGUGUCAUGAGGAAGAAUGACAAAUCGUCGUAUUGCUCCAGCGUGUGAUAGGUGGCAGCUUCCGUGGGGCAUGAAUAACAUGGUCUCGCCUACCAAUGAAUCACGACCAACACGACUACCAUUUCUUGAGUCUGAUCCGCGGCUUCAAUCGAUGUGCGGGAACUCGAUGCAACAGCCUGUUCGACGGAGUGGUCCUUGGCCCCGGUUGCUGCCGCCGCCGCCGCCGAUCUCGCACGCUUUGCCGGCCCAAUUGCCGUUCGACGCUGUCGGGCCUCCCACGACCAUUUCUAGCUCGGAUCGACCAAGACCAAAAGACGAGCUGACUGCUGGAAGACAGCCAUCACUCACAAUGUAUAGACCAAAAGUGAGCCUGAAAGACAGGCAACAACUUUACAAGCUGAUCAUUAGUCAGUUACUAUAUGAUGGAUAUAUCAACAUUGCUAAUGGUCUGAUCAAUGAGGUAAAGCCACAGUCUGUAUGUGCACCCUCUGAACAGCUGUUGCAUCUUAUUAAACUGGGAAUGGAAAAUGAUGAUAGUGCAGUUCAGUAUGCAAUUGGGCGAUCUGAUACAGUGGCUCCUGGCACAGGGAUUGACUUAGAGUUUGAUGCAGAUGUACAAACUAUGUCUCCAGAAGCUUCUGAAUAUGAAACAUGUUAUGUCACAUCUCACAAAGGACCAUGUCGUGUUGCUACAUACAGCAGAGAUGGACAGUUAAUAGCUACAGGAUCGGCUGAUGCUUCAAUAAAAAUACUUGAUACAGAAAGAAUGCUGGCAAAGAGUGCAAUGCCUAUUGAGGUUAUGAUGAAUGAAACAGCUCAACAAAAUAUGGAGAACCACCCAGUUAUUAGGACUCUUUAUGAUCAUGUGGAUGAGGUGACAUGUUUAGCUUUUCAUCCAACAGAACAAAUACUUGCCUCAGGUUCAAGAGAUUACACACUUAAAUUAUUCGACUAUUCAAAACCAUCUGCUAAAAGAGCCUUCAAAUACAUACAGGAAGCAGAAAUGCUGCGCUCAAUCUCCUUUCAUCCUUCUGGUGACUUCAUACUUGUUGGCACCCAGCAUCCUACUCUGCGGCUGUAUGAUGUCAAUACGUUCCAGUGCUUUGUUUCCUGCAAUCCUCGAGACCAGCAUACUGAUGCCAUAUGCUCAGUUAAUUAUAAUGCAAGUGCUAACAUGUACGUAACAGGCAGCAAAGAUGGAUGCAUCAAACUGUGGGAUGGUGUUUCAAAUCGUUGUAUCACUACCUUCGAGAAAGCGCAUGAUGGAGCUGAAGUCUGUUCUGCCAUUUUCUCUAAGAAUUCCAAGUAUAUUCUGUCAAGUGGAAAGGACUCUGUAGCCAAACUGUGGGAAAUAUCUACAGGGAGAACACUGGUCAAAUAUACAGGAGCUGGACUGAGUGGACGCCAAGUCCACAGGACACAGGCUGUCUUCAAUCACACAGAAGACUAUGUGCUGCUUCCAGAUGAAAGAACCAUCAGCCUCUGCUGCUGGGACUCACGAACUGCUGAACGAAGGAACCUUCUUUCCUUGGGGCAUAACAGCAUAGUUCGCUGUAUUGUCCAUUCUCCCACCAAUCCAGGCUUCAUGACUUGCAGUGAUGAUUACAGAGCUCGAUUUUGGUAUAGAAGGUCAACCACUGACUAAUGCUGAAGCUGUGGCUGUUUUAUUUUAUAAACAAGUCUGUUUUUACCAUGAUGUGUUUAAGUAGUUAGUUUAAAAAUAAAUACUAUCCCUGCUGAAAGGAUAGUUUUAAAAGUUAUGUCCAUAUAUUGAAAAGACGAAGGACAGCUUGAAUUUUUUUUUCCAUCCAACAGAACUGCCCACUUUCAGUAGUCCAGUUUGGUAUCUGGAUUUUAAAAACCUCUUUAUUUUUGUUGUAUCUCAUCUGAUAUAUUAAUUUGGUUCUUGAUCCAUACUUUUAUGCUUUUUAAUUA